AUGGCAAGAGAAGAAGUAUCAUUAAGGGUUGAGAUGGGAAGAUUGGAAAUAGAACCAAUAAAACCAAAUGAGCUUUAUAAAGUUGAAAAUCCUUUCUCUCACAUAUCGCAACGAAAAUUGCUUGGUGUUAAACCAUGCAUCCAAAACUAUAAAUGUGCUUGUUCCCCACAGAAAAAGAAUAAAAACAUAAGUAUCUGUAAAAAGAAACACAACAGAAUUCUUCGAGAACCAGUUUUAAAGUUAACGCAAUGUUUGGCAAAAAACGAAAAAGGAAUCGAGCUUACAAAUCAAUGUAAAUGGUCAAUGCAUAAAACUAAUUCUGAUAAUUUAAGCUUAAAAGCACUGGUUGACAAUUGUAAUCAGUUGAGUAUAUCGUCAGGUAGCACUCAGUUGAAUUUUAAAACUAAAUCAAAGGAGGAUACCAAGUGGUGGAAUAAUAAUGUUUUAGUUGAGAAACAGGGUAAGGAGUGCAGUCUAGAAAAAAGUCACACUGGCUCAUGUUCCCAACAAGCUCUUAACCCACCUUGUGAUGUCACAAUUGAUGAACUAGCCAGUUACUUCGAAACACUUGUUCAUAUACCUAAGAAAAUGUCAUCUAUGGCUGAAAUGAUGUACAUUUGA